UCGACACCAUGGCCGCCGUGGCGUUCACCCCCGUCUCCAUCCAGGCGUCCGCCGCCAGGCCCCGCGCCACCGUUCGCGGCGCGCGCGCCGUCCGCGCCGUCUCCGGCCUCGGCUCCUCCGCCGCUCUCGCGCCUCGCCCGUCCGCGAUGCGCGCGCUCGGUCUCGGAGUCGCGCCCCGCCGCGGCGCCCGCUCCGCUGACCUCGCCGUCCGCGCAAUGGCGGACGAGGAGAAGGAUGACAAGGGCGCCGGCGUCAAGCAGCUCCUCGGCAUCCGCGGCGGCGAGCGCACCGACGACAUCUGGAAGAUCCGCCUGCAGCUCACCAAGCCCGUGACCUGGGUGCCGCUCAUCUGGGGCGUCAUGUGCGGCGCCGCCGCGUCCGGCCACUACACCUGGACCCCGGAGAACGUCGGCAAGGCCAUGCUCUGCAUGUUCAUGUCCGGUCCCCUCCUCACCGGCUACACCCAGACCAUCAACGACUGGGAGGACCGCGAGAUCGACGCCAUCAACGAGCCCGACCGUCCGAUCCCCUCCGGCGCCAUCUCCGAGUUCGACGUCCAAGUGCAGAUCUACGUCCUGCUCUUCGGCGGGUGGGCGUGCGCGUGGACGCUCGAUCAGUGGUGCGAGCACGAUUUCCCAAUCGUCACAGCGCUCACCUUGUUCGGCAGCUGGAUCUCGUACAUCUACUCGGCGCCUCCGCUGAAGCUGAAGCAGGAGGGUUGGAGGGGUAACUACGCCCUCGGCGCGUCCUACAUCGCGCUGCCCUGGUGGGCGGGCCAGGCGGUCUUCGGAGAGCUCUCCUUGGACGUCAUGGUGAUGACGGUGCUGUACUCCAUCGCGGGCCUGGGCAUCGCCAUCGUCAACGACUUCAAGUCCAUCGAGGGUGACAGGCAGAUGGGCCUGAUGUCCCUGCCCGUGGCGUUCGGCGUGGAGAAGGCGAAGUGGAUCUGCGUGGGCUCCAUCGACGCCACGCAGCUCGCGGUGGCGGGAUACCUGCGAGCCAUCGGCGAGGUGGGCUACUCGAACAUGCUCCUGGCGCUCAUCUUCCCCCAGAUUUUCUUCCAGUUCAAGUUCUUCCUCCCGGAUCCCAUCAAGAACGACGUCAAGUACCAGGCCAGCGCGCAGCCCUUCCUGGUGUUCGGCCUGCUCACCACCGGCCUGGCGUGGGGUCACCACAUCAACGCCAUCGGCGCUUAAGGGAAGCGGAGAAGGAGAGAAAGAGACGGAGGAAGAGAAUGCGAGGCGGAGGAACGGCGGACGAGAGGUCACAUGUAAUAUCCAGCGAAUAUUAGGCGGC